AUGCCGUUCAGCAAAGCAUGGCGCAGUGCAGUGUACCCCGACUUCCGCGAACAAGGCGCGUACAUCAACUACAAGGCCACCAAAGACAUCCUGCAUCGCAUGAAGGAGGACAUUGCAAACCCAUCCACCCCCGAUGAACUGUACAACUCACUGUUGGAGCAAAAGUGCUGCGUGUACAAGUGGUGCGAAAAUAAAAUCAAGGAGAUCUUGACGGUCGCGGAGUCCCUAAUGGCAGCCUCUGACUACCUCUCCGAAGAGGAAACCCCAGCCAACUUGAGCCUUGUGCUCAAUACACUGGGUCGUGGAAAUAUGAACUGUUUGCCUCCCAAUGAGGCGCGGCUCGUGGCAGACGCCAUCUCGCAUGAGCUUCUUCGCUUUGUGGAGUGCUGUAACCUAAACACUGACACCAUUGAACAUAUUAUUGGCCGCAUGUACCGCUACGCCGUACUCGGACCCACGGGAGAUCGCUGGAAUAACCUCAAGACGGAGUACGACUACCAUCAACUGUCAAUUCAUGAGAUUUUUUACCUGCUUUCAAGGGUGUAUGAUCGUGUGACAGAGGCAGAAAGCAUGCGCAUCGGAAGGCGUUCUGGGAUUCCAGAAGGCACAGUUGGCUCGCAGGUGUUUGACCGUCGCUCGGUGAAGUACUGGGUGCAUCUGCAGGACCUUCCCUUCGUCAUUGCCCGCAUUAUUCCUCACUUACCCCUCAGCACUUUUAAGGACACGUACAAAAUCUGCAGGGAGCGUAAUAUUCCCUUUAUGCUGGGGUCCCCCGUCAGCAGUGUGUACUGGGACAACAAUGAGUUUCUGUUGUACCACCGAAGGCUUGAACGACUGGAGGGAGCUACCCUUAUUCGCAUGCGCUGGUACAGUGACCCAUUGGAGUCAGACUGGAAUAAGCUUGCCCCCACGGACAGUGUCUUUAUGGAAAUUAAAGUACACCGCGAGGCCUGGUGUGGUGAACGGAGUAAUAAACGACGGUUUGCACUUAAGGAGAAGGAUGUGGAUUCCUACGUACACGGGAACUUAGAUCUUAGCCCGGCGGUAGAAAAACUGCGUGGUGAGCAUGCCCAUGAGAGGGAACUACGCAAUUUCAUGGACCUAUCUACCGAAAUCGUUUCAAAGAUUGACGCCUAUGAACUUAAACCUGUGAUUCGCACGCAGUGUUGUCGAGCUGCCUUUCAGCGAGGCAUUGACCAAUCCAUACGUAUCAGCAUUGACACAGACCUACGCAUGUCCGCCGAGGACUUUGGGUUGGGACACCAUUGGCGGUACAGUGGCAUGGACUCGCCCGUGUCACACUUUCCAUAUGCCGUGGUAGAAAUUAAACUGCAGUGUGCCGAAAAUGAGCGUAUCGCGCCCUGGAUUGAGGAGCUGAUGAGCUGCCGGUACAUGGAGAGUGUGCCGAAGUUCAGCAAGUAUGCACACGGCAUCGCAUCCUUGUACGGUCACACACCCUUCAUUAAGAUGGUGCCGUACUGGAUGCACCAGCUGAACAUUGAUAUCCGCGCCUCCACGAAGCCGGAGCAGAAUCAAUGGGAUCCCACCACUGGUCUCGCCUUUGGUUGCUGGGAGCGCACGACGGAUCGCGUCAUCUUUGGCGUUGGAAGCGCGCAGACGCAAACGGUGGGGGCGUCAGAGGCACGGUUUCUUCCACGCACCGACUAUACCCGUAUCUACCAAAAGGUGUUGCGUGGUCUCCGUGGGGAGAGCGCUGCUUUACCUAUGGACGCCGACACCGACACCGACGGAGGGCGCACUGCAGGCAAUAGUAGCAGUCGCCAACUACAGCCACAGCCGCAAUUGCCUGCCCACACGCUUCAGUACGAUGUAGAUAGACGGCACAAGGCCUACACAACAUUUCAUCUCUACCCGUACGCUGAGCAUGGCGUGGAGUCGUUGUGUUUUGCCCCGGCCUUUGAAAAGAAUUCCGCCGCAGAGGUCUUUUAUGGCCGUAUCCCGUGGCAGACAGGCAAACGGAUUCGUGUGCCACAGAAAUACGACCCCAAGACACUGCUCACCUCAGAGCGGUACAUGGUGAAGUGGGCGGAGCAUGCGACACGCCUGGGUGUGGUGGGGCUGGCCGUGAUUCAAUUUGGCAAUAGCAUGACUCUCCCCAGCGAUGUUUCACAUCUAAGUUCGGUUUGGCGGGCCCACUUUCACAUAGUGUUGGGCACCUCACUGGUUGCGGUCGCCUUGUUUACGUUGGCGUACGCGUAUAUAACAUUUAAGGCACGUGCGCGGCGCGUCUACGCGCGGAAGAAGAUCCGCUACGACGACAAGAUGGGGCCGAGUGUGCUGACGGUGGUAUUGGCCUUCGGUAUCUGUGUCACGGCGAUGACGCACAUCAUGGUACGCUACGGCCCCAUGUUAACCGGUAACGACGACUUUUAA